GGACGCCACAUAUUAAAUAGAUUUAAUUGUCCUGUACCGGUACACAAGCCUCAGAAACUUCAUUAUAUAGACUGGGAAUGAUAUAUUUAACCUUCCCCCCUCUGAUUAUCAUGUCCGCUUUGCUAUCAUGUGGCACCAGCGACUGAAGCUACCUGAACCUCGCCCCUCAUUUGGCACCCGAACAGCCUCGCUCAGAUCAACAAACCCUUGGUCAAGGAAAGGCUCACGAAUAACGUCCCUCCGCCGGAAACCGCAAAAUAUCCCGAAUCGGCGGAAUUCCAUCCCUCCUCCGCGCCGGGGAGACCGGGCGAAUGCGCAAUCUGGGCCUGAAAACGCUCCCGCCUCGGCGCAAGACUCUGUCUCCGCAACACUACGGGAUACCAACCCGCAAGACAACACACUUAUCUCUCCCGUUCACAUCCCAGAAGAUCCACAUGCAGUUCUUAGGGAGACCCAUCCAGCUGCGGGGCUCCUAGCAAACUCCGGCUUGGUUGUCCAGAGGCAGCUGGAGAUGAUGAAUGUGCUCCUUGGCUUCGAACAAGCCAACCGGUAUACAAUAUUGGAUGCGCAAGGGAACCAUGUCGGAUACAUAGCUGAGCAGGGGAAUAGUAUGGGUAGCAUGCUCGCUCGUCAAUGGUUUCGAACACAUCGCGCGUUUGUCACUCAUGUCUUUGACAAACAUCAAAAUGAAGUCCUACGUUUUCACCGGCCCUUCUCAUGGAUAAAUAGUCGAAUCCGAGUUUACGAUCCGUUAGACGUAGCCUCUUCAUCCCAUUCAUCCUCAGCCGCCGUCCAAACCAACGCUGCGGAACCCCUUGUUGCUGCUACCUCAGGCGAUUCAGCGCGAAUAUCCUCCCUUGACCUUGCAGAUAUGCGCGUGGUUGGUGAAACUCAUUCUCAAUGGGCUCCUCUGCGACGAAAAUACAACCUCUUCCUAUUCCAUCCAAAUCCGACUCCGGAGACCGAUCUCCACACGAAACACGUACCUCUAUCGAACGCAGACCUUUCCCAAUCUCAAAAAUUACAAGUUGCCAGCACUUCUGCACCCGGAGCAUCCGGCGAAUUUGGCCAAUUUGCCUACGUAGACGAACCAUUCCUGUCAUGGGAUUUCUCUCUCCGAUCCGCAGAUUCACGGCUGAUCGGAUCCGUGAAUCGUAACUUCGUCGGCUUUGCUCGGGAGCUAUUUACAGAUACCGGCAUGUAUGCGCUUCGGAUGGACGCCGCAGCGUUAGCGGAGGAGCGAGAUCGACAUCACAUUGUCUCUCAAACGCAUAAAGAAUCACACCCGCUGUAUGAUAGCAGCGAUAAGAGUGGGAUGACACUAGACCAACGCGCCGUGAUACUUGCCACCGCUGUCACAAUCGACUUCGAUUAUUUCAGCCGCCAUAGCUCUUCUGGUGGUUUGCCCAUUCCACUUUUCGGGAUGGGUGGCGGAGGAGGUGAGGGUGCUGCCAGUGGUGCUCCGGGUGGUGCUGCCGGAGGGGCCGUUGAAGGCGCUGCUGCGGAAGGUGCUGCAGGCGCAAUCGGGAGAGGUGUUGCUGGAGCUGGAACUAUGGCUGGAUACGAAGCUAUGCAAAGAGGUGCCUCUGCUGAUAAUCAACAGCAGCCAGAUGAAACACAACAAUCGCAAGAUCACCCACCGCCGGAGGAUGGGGCCUACCAGGACGAGGAGGUCUGGGGGGGGAGUGGACAGGAUUGGUGGAACAGAGACGGUGGAAGUAAUGGCGGGUGGGGUGAAGAAGGCGAAGGCGAUGGCGAUGGGGACGGUAAUGGCUGGGGGGAUUUCUUUUGAUAUGUCUCCCAUAAAUAUUACACCGCAUCUGGCGGAAUUUUUUAUAUAAUAUUGUAUUUUUAUAUUCUCUUUAAAUAACUUUUUCUACAUAGACCCGUGCAAAGAAAGAAAGGCAUUUGAUGUUGAUCCAACUUUGUAUGGAGUGGUUUACUUCUAUAUGCUUCUCGAAACAUAUCAUAGAUAUUGCUGCUAGAUUUACUACUUUAUGUUUGAACGCAAUGAUUAAUAUCUGCUUGUAUUAAUUAUUUUGUGUAGGGCUUUUUUUUUCUGUUGUCAUUACCAGAAUUUGUGUGACAACAAUACUGGACUUUCCGGCUGUUGACAUUGCAAUCUGCAAUCUGGUCUUGAAUUUUUAUACGGAGUAUUUAUUUAUGUUCCCCAAGUCUUGGCAUUGUUUUGUUUUCGCAAGCAUUACGUCUGGCACAAUAGUGCAGAACUUGCAAAACAGAACUAUACAAUCCUUCUAUCCUCUCGGCUUUUCCCUUUUCCUUUUUAAUAACCCCGCAAUACUCAAAAUAUCGUCCUGUUCAAAGGCCGUCCCCCAUCACACCAACACCUCUCGCAGGAAAUCCCGCUCAGC